GUGGCGCAGAAAAUUAUUUUACCCUUCCUCAUUGCUAAUCCCCGGUCUCUUUCCUUCUGGCCUGUGUUAAAUACAAUGCCGGGACUACUACUCUCGCAUGCCUGCGAGCAACAGGUUCAUCUUGUCAUAGGCGCAUCCGCGCUCUCGCUCUCGCGCGUCGCGAAGUCCGUCGAAUGCGGAGCGUCCAAAGUCAUCUUGCUCGCGCCGCGAGACGGGCCCCAGGCCUGGGAAUCGGAGGUUGAGAGGCGGAUAGCGGAUUACAGUGGUAGAUUUGUGUGGAUUGAGCGGGAAUUUGAGGACGCGGAUUUGACUACUCUUGGGCGCGAGGAGGUUGAUCGUGUUGUUGAUAUGGUCUUUGUUGCGACGCCGAACGUGUCUGAUAUCGGCACCCGGAUAUCAAAUCUAUGCCACAGACUGCGAAUACCAGUCAACGUCGCCGACGCGCCCAAGCUCUCCUCCUUCACCCUUCUCUCCACCCACAUCGACGGCCCUCUGCAGAUAGGCGUCACGACCUCUGGUAAAGGCUGCCGCCUCGCCAGCCGUAUCCGUCGCGAGAUCAUCAGCGCGCUUCCGAAAGACAUUGCGAAAGCGUGCGAAAAGGUCGGCGACUUGAAGCAAUCCAUCCAAGACGGCGACGAAAACCAGCUACAGCACGACAUCGAGGCGCGGUAUCACGAAGUCGGUCAGCACGACGACGACGCCGUGCAGAGCCAUAAGUUCAACGAACUCGUGCUCGAGGAUCUGGUGCAGGAGGAGUUGGCGAAAAACAGAGGCGCGCUUAAACGGCAGCGCAUGCGCUGGCUGUCCCAGGUCGUGGAGUACUACCCGUUCUCCGAGCUCGCGACGCUCUCCGUCGACCAGCUGUCCUCGCAGUACCGCUCCAACUCGCUCGCGCUGGCGGAAAAGGCCAAACUCAUGCAAGUCUCGACCAUAGUUUCCAAGACCGGCCGCAUCGCGCUCGUCGGUGCGGGCCCGGGCUCGGCAGGUCUGCUCACCACCGCCGCGCUCACAGCAAUUACCUCCGCCGACCUCGUGCUCGCAGACAAACUCGUGCCCGCGGGCGUGCUCGACCUGAUUCCCCGACACGUCGAAACCUACAUCGCCAAGAAAUUCCCGGGAAACGCCGAGGCUGCGCAGCAGGAGUUGCUGGCCAUGGGUCUCUCGGCGCUGCAGCAGGGCAAAUACGUCGUCCGUCUGAAGCAAGGCGAUCCAUACAUCUUUGGCCGCGGCGCAGAGGAGUACAUCUUCUUCCGCCACCACGGCUACACACCCUCCGUCAUCCCCGGCAUCACAAGCGCGCUUUCGGGACCACUCUUCGCCGCAAUCUCCCCCACGCACCGCGAAGUCGCAGACCAAAUCCUGAUCUGCACCGGCACCGGCCGCAAGGGCGCCGCGCCCGCCAUCCCGGAGUUCGUCGAGUCCCGCACAACAGUCUUCCUCAUGGCCCUCCACCGGCUCUCGGACGUCAUCGGCUGGCUCGCAGCCGCGGGCUGGCGCAUGGAUCUUCCCUGCGCUAUCGUCGAGCGCGCGAGUUGUCCGGACCAGCGAGUGAUUCGGACGACGCUCGAGCACGUCGUGGCCGCGUUUGAGGAGCUCGGAAGUCGACCGCCGGGGAUUCUGGUGACGGGCAAGAGUUGUGGGGUUAUCGAGCAGAUUCCGGAGGGGCAGAAGUGGGUUGUCGACGAGGGGUUUCAUGCUCAGAUAUGAGUGUAAUGUUUAAUGUUUAAUGCGCAUGUUCGGGGGUUCGAAGUUUUGUAAAUAUUACGACAAUGUACGAUAGACAACCGUCCUUUGGAUCUCUAAA